AUGCAUUUGAGAAAUCUGGAUCCUCCAAAGCUGUGCAAUGGAACAAGAAUGAUUGUCAGACAAAUGCAUCCAAACCUUUUGGAAACAACAGUCCUCACUGAACAAGGAAAAGUAGAAACUGUGUUUAAUCCAAGAAUUCCACUGAUUCUAGACAUGCUCCAUACAUUCAAGAGACUUCAAUUUCCAGUAAAAGUUAGUUUUGCAAUGUCAAUUAAUAAGAGUCAAGGACAAUCACUGAAGAUUGUUGGACUUCACCUCAUGCAACGGUGCUUUUCUCACGAUCAGCUCUAUAUUGGUUGUUCCAGAGUUGGAAAUGGCAACAAUCUCUUCAUACUGACACCAAAGGGUAGCAGCAAGAAUGUUGUUUAUCCUGCUGGUUUAAACUGA